UGCUUUGCUUCAUGUCCAAUUCAAAAAUCAAGCAGAGAAGAUACGGUUUGCGAUUAUGCACGAAAUCUUCACCGAUCCGAUCUCUCUUUUUCCGAUCUGUCCAGAUUUCUCCAUGAUUCUAAUCUUCUUCUUUCUCCACGAGGGUCUCCCUUCUUAUUUAUUCCCACCUUCCCUUCUCCCCCUCUCCAAUCCGAUCUAUUCUGUGGGUUUUUGGUGUCUGCUUUACCCUGUUUUCUCGCGUUCUCUCGGCACUUUUCUCCAGAAUCGACAAUGGGUAUGGGAGCUGAAGAUCCUAGGUUUCAUGUUCUCGCUGUUGAUGAUAGUCUCCUUGAUCGGAAACUCAUCGAGCGUCUUCUCAAGAGGUCUUCAUUUCAAGUAACUGCGGUGGAUUCUGGGACAAAGGCUUUGGAGUUUCUGGGUUUGAAAAACGAAAGUGAUGGAGACAUUGGUGAUGAUGAAGAGUGUCUGAUGGAUUCAAAGCCCAUAUCUGUUGGAUCUGAUGUUGAGAUCGAAAUUAGUUUGAUCAUCACAGAUUAUUGUAUGCCCGGGAUGACUGGUUAUGAUCUUCUCAAGAAGAUCAAGGAAUCAGCGAGUUUGAGAAACAUUCCGGUCGUGAUCAUGUCUUCAGAGAAUGUCCCGUCGAGGAUAAACAGAUGUCUGGAAGAAGGAGCAGAAGAGUUCUUGCUGAAACCAGUUCAGAUGUCAGACAUGGACAAGAUCAAGCCCCAUAUAAUGAAGCAAAAGCCAAAGGAUGCGGCGCAAAACACCGCCACCACCAAGAGGAAGAGCGAGGAAGAGAUUGCGUCGCCCGAUAAAUCCAGGCUACGAUGCCAAUGUGAAGGCUUAGAUGUUGUUUCUUCAUUGUAGAUCUUAGGAGCACUUUCAUGGAAGCCAAUCAUAGGAAAUUUUAGUCCCUCUCUUCUGUUUUUUCCUUCCCUUCAUUGUUUUCUCCUUUAGGCUCGUAAAAUUGGUAAUACAGAUAUAUUUUUUCUAUAGUA